AGCCCCUUCAUCCAAAAUCCGACUGCUGAAACAUUAAAUAUAGAGGCUCGUAGAGGAGCCGGAAGGCGUUAGACUACCCAUUGCAGUUUCGCCUUGGCUUUUCAAUUGGCUUUUAGUGCGAGACCACAGCACUACAUAACACACCCCGGCUCGGCAAUGUCUGCCCACGACUACUUUAUACACUCGUUUGGAUCUGUCAGACUGUAAGGAUGGUGAAGAAAUCCGCCAACGGUAAUGUUUACCACCCUCCGGCGGGGGAGAAGAAACUGAAAGUCGGCUUUGUGGGACUGGACCCCGGGGCUGCGGAGACGAGCCGAGACGGGGCACUUCUUAUCGCCGGUUCCGAGAGCACAAAACGGGGCAGCAUCCUGAGCAGACCGAGGUCCAGCAUCUCCAGGGGGCGCAUCGCUCACAAAAGAAACGCGCGUUAUCGCAGACUGCAAAAUUUCCUUUACAAUGCACUGGAAAGACCCCGCGGCUGGGCGUUCAUUUACCACGCUUAUGUGUUUCUGCUGGUGUUCUCCUGCCUGGUUCUGUCAGUGUUCGCAACGAUCAAAGAACACAAGAAAAGCUCUGAGAGUGCCUUGUACAUCCUGGAAAUUGUGACAAUCGUGGUGUUUGGUGUGGAAUAUAUUGUGAGGAUUUGGGCAGCCGGGUGCUGCUGUCGCUACAGAGGAUGGAGAGGAAGACUGAGAUUUGCACGCAAACCCUUCUGUAUCAUCGAUAUCAUGGUCCUUUUUGCCUCAGUGUCUGUGUUGGCCGCUGGCUCACAGGGAAAUGUUUUUGCCACCUCUGCCAUUCGGAGUCUGAGGUUUCUUCAGAUCCUUCGAAUGCUGCGUAUGGACCGCCGCGGGGGCACAUGGAAACUCCUGGGAUCUGUUGUUUACGCACACAGCAAGGAACUCAUCACGGCGUGGUAUAUUGGAUUCCUUUGUCUUAUCCUGGCGUCUUUCUUGGUGUACUCCGUGGAGAAGGAUGACAAUGCAGAGAUGUUCGACACGUACGCAGACGCCCUCUGGUGGGGGCUGGUCACUCUUACAACUAUUGGUUAUGGGGACAAGUUUCCUGUCACGUGGAAUGGGCGUCUAAUUGCUGCAACAUUCAGUCUGAUCGGUGUAGCUUUUUUCGCUCUUCCUGCGGGAAUCCUGGGCUCAGGAUUUGCUCUAAAGGUUCAAGAGCAGCACAGACAGAAACAUUUUGAGAAGCGUCGUAACCCUGCCGCGGCUCUUAUCCAGGCAGCUUGGAGAUUUUAUGCCACUAAUCUUUCACGGACAGACCUGCUGUCCACAUGGGACUUUUAUGAGCAGACUGUGUCGGUCCCAAUGUACAGACUCAUCCCUCCUGUAAAUCAGCUCGACAUUUUAAGGAGCCUGAAGGGAAAAUCUGGUUUCAGGAAGGACUCCCAGCUAGAAGUCACUCCAAGUAGUGAGAUUUCACACAAAGACACCCUGUGUGGGUGCUGCCCGAGAAGCAAUAGUGGUAAGCCCAGCUUGAAAGAGAAAGGCAGUCCCUCUAAGAGCACAGGGGGGAAGGAGGCUAAGACCCCCAAGGCAGAGGAGGGAGUCAAAGAGAGUCCAAGCAAAGUGACCAAGAGCUUGAGCUUCACAGAGCGGAACAAAGCAAAACACGCUUUCAGGAUGAAAGACGGAGCUUCUCGGCAGAACUCUGAAGAGGCAAGUCUUCCAGACGAGUUUGGGGAUGACAGCGGUCUCCACUGCGAGUUUGUGCCAGAUCUGUCUCCAGGACUCAAGUUCACCAUCAGAGCAAUCUGUAUUAUGCGGUUCCUGGUGUCUAAGAGGAGAUUUAAAGAGAGCCUCAGGCCCUAUGACGUGAUGGAUGUGAUUGAGCAGUAUUCAGCAGGCCAUCUGGACAUGCUGUCACGCAUCAAAAACCUUCAGUCCAGAGUGGAUCAGAUUGUGGGAAAGGGAGCUGCACCAGGAGAAAAGGACAAGCCCAAAAGUGACUCAGAGAUGGCUGAGGACCCAAGCAUGAUGGGACGUCUGAGCAAAAUGGAGAAACAGGUGGGGGCAAUGGACCUCAAACUCAACUUUUUGGUCAGCAUGUACACCACCCACAUGGGCAUCCCACGAUCUGAGACUGAAGCCCUUCUGGGCUUUAAAAUGCCUUACCCUGCUCCUCCUUACCACAGCCCUGACGAUAAGAGUGAGAAAGCACAGAACGAGAAAGAGGAUGCGUCCCCUGUCCAUCCUGGUCCCAAUGGGACUCCCACUGACAGCCAAUGUAGACCCUCUACCUCAUGGCAUCAUCAGGAUGAGUAUCCCCUCAGUGUGCCUCUCUGGAACAACAGCAGAGGAGUUUCGCCAAUAGGCACUGACGACCCCUCGCUGUACCGCAUCCCACCUCCGCCGUUCCAUGAGAACGGGGAUAACAGUCGCUCGCGGAGGUCCAGGAGAUCCGUCCAGCAGCAGGCAGCCGCCGAGAGCGACACGUCCGUCUCCAUUCCCUCAGUAGACCAUGAAGAACUAGAGCGUUCUUUUAGCGGCUUUAGCAUUUCUCAGGCCAGGGAAGAGGAUUACGUGCGUCCCGUGGGGCUGGGGCUUAUUGGUGGAGGUGGCGGGAUGCUGUGUACCCGUCUCAGGCCUUAUCUGGCAGAGGCAGAGUCGGAUACGGACUCUGACCUCUGUACGCCAGGAGCGCCAUCCCCUCUUUCGUUUACAGGAGAGGGGCCUUUCAGUGACAGGAUGUGGCCUGGUCUGAAAUAGUAUGGAGUUUCUUGUGCAGACCAGUGUCCUGGAUGCACUGUAGCUGAUGGAUGUGUAUGAGGCAAUUUAAACCAUUGUCAAUCUCAAAAACAAAAAUGUGGGAGUGAUUACAGACUGCAUUGAUGCAAAAGCAGCGAAAGUCAAUCUUAAACAUUGCAAUUUAAAAAAAAGCCCAAUAAUGGAGGCAAAGGAUGUGUGCAUUCAAAAGCGGAAAAGAUUGUGUGUAUUCAUGUACAGCUCAGGCAUGGAUCUUCCAAACAAAGAAGAGACCUCUUCUAUAUUAGUUUGUAUAGUCAUCACAAGUAAUGCAGAAUCAAAUGCACUUUUCCUUACAACUAUAAUUUUGAUUCAUGAGAUAUUUAUUUAUUUAUUUAUUAGUAUCAUCUUUUCCUUAAAUGUGUUUUGAGACUGUUAUGAAAACGUGUAGUUAAUCAGGGCAUGAGUUCAUAGUAAACAUCUUAAAUUGUAAGGUUCAUUUAGAGAAAAUAAUUUCAGCCAAAGAAAAAGACAGCAGAAAGCUGAGCAUGCCUUCAUUCUUCCCUAUUACAUUUCUCAUCUGUAGGAUAGAAAGAUUGAUUCAUUUUGUAUAGCUACUUUUAAAAUCAAAGCACUUAUGGAUAAAGACACAUACUUUUGGAGGAACUAUUAAUAUUUGUAGGAACCCUGGUGAUGGUCAGAGGAGAAAUAUCAAUGCUAUUGUAUGCAGUCAGUUUAAAUUUUCUAGAAUUGGUAACUUGCAUUAUGGUAUCAUGAUUUAUUCUGUAGAGAAGAGGACACUGAAUAAUAAUCAGACCUAAAAAUAAAUUAAAUGCAUGGCAUGU